AGUGAAGCCUCCAGCAGUGGCCACCCUGUCAGUGUCCAUCAAGUGCCUGCUUCAGCAUUGCCACAUCAAUGCCACAUAUCAGUGCCUACCAGUGCACAUCAAUGCCACAUAUCAUGUGCCCAUCUGAGCUGCCUUUCAGUGUCACUCCAUCAGUGCCAGUCCAGUGCCACCUAUCAAAUGCAAUCCAGUGCCACCUAUCAGUGCGGCCAAUCAGCGCCACCUAUCAAGUGGCCAGUCCAGUGCCGCCAUAUCAGUGCGCAUCAGUGCCUGCACCUAUCAGUGCCUGUCAG